CUUAGGGUGCACAGAGACCAAUUUUCUUCAGGUUGGGUCGGGUCGGGAGCUGGAGCUACUUUGUGAGAUUCUUUCUUUGGUAUUAAAAAGGAGAGAGUAGAGAUUCUUAGGUUUGAAAUUGAAAUGAUGUUUCUUGGUAACAAGCUAAUAUAUUAUUAUUAUUGACUCAUCCGUCGUUGCCGUUGUCGUUGCCGUUCAGUGACAUUGACAGGAAUUCAUUUCAUCAUCAUAUUUGACUUUGAUUCUGUUUUGUUCUGUUUUGUAUAGAGAAUAGAGUUUGGAGUUGUUCUGCUCUGUCAGGCUUGUCAUAAGUAGUAGUAGUAGUUCUAUGAUAAUUAUUAUUAUUAUUACCCUUUCAAACGUUAUAAUAAUAUGAAUUUAUGUAAUGUGUUAAUAAUCAUUAUGAAUAUGUCAAGUUUCAAAUGAUGAACUAAUUUAUAAUUCCAAUCUUCAUUUGGGAACAGAUUAAACAGACAUGCCUUCUUCAAAGGGGAAGAAUAAGAAGCAAUCCAAGACCCCAUCAAGGAUCUCAGCCCCUGAUCGGAAUUCAUCUCCUCAAACACCUUCCUCAACUCUUGAUUUUGAAACCAAUGACGACUAUCUCAUCACCAUUCUCCAAGAAGCUUCUAUCAAAUAUCCUAAUCUCAUAGCAAAACACGCUUUCAUUGGUAGGAUCGCUGAUAUUGAACAUAAUGCUUCUCCAGGAUCCCAAAUUUGGCUUUCUCACUCCUCCAUACUUGCCUCUUCAUUCAAAGCAGACUCUAAAGUAUCGGUGUCAUGUCCUUCCAAUAGUAAAUUUUCACGCAGCUUUCCUCUUAGCUCCUUAGCAAAUAAAUUUGGUAGUGAUUUAGCUGAUCAAUGUACUGGUGAAGCAGGAAACUAUUUUGCUCUUGCAACUAUUCGUUCAUCCAGUAAGGUUGCAAAGAAUGAAAUCAAGCUAUCUUCAAGCCUUUCAAACACAAUGGGGAAUCCUUCAUUAGGAGCCAUUGUAUUUAUAUAUCCUGUACAAAGUCAUAUACCCGAAUGCAAUGAAUUAUUUCUAGAGCUGGUGCACCCUAAGAAUAUGGUGGCAAGGAACACAAAUUCUGGUGAAACACCUUAUGAUCAUAUGGGAAAUGGAGUUGUUGGAUCUCCUAAGACACCAAGGAACCAGUUAAAGUUGAGCUCUUCGAAUAUUAAGCAGUCGUCGUCCUCAUCUACAUAUAAGGAUUCUACAACAAAGUUAGAUAACCUGAAGGCUGUGUUUGAUGAUUCAUAUGACAUUACGAAGUUCUUAGGGGAUGAACAUGUUAGAAGGAUUCUUGAAACACGUGCUAGUACUUGGUUGUCUUCUAGAUGUUUACUUCGAGGAAAUCUUGUGACCAUGCCAAUUAUUUCACAACUAUGUAGCUUCCGAGUAGUUGCUGCUAGAAUGUUAUUAGAUAAGGAUAACUUCUAUAUAACAUAUAAGAGUGAUGAUCUCCAAGAUGAAGCUUCUAACACUGUCAAAUAUUCCAAUGAUGCCUUUAUAGUGAAGUGUGAGACAAAAAUAUGCUUUUCUUUACCAUCAGAACUGGCACCGAAAGCCCUUGAAAGACAAAUUACUACAAUAGAAUUUGAACCUACAAUUGUCAAAACUGAUGUGGGAGAUAGGAAGUCACAAUUGGGUGGAUUAUCGAACGAAUACGCAAUUUUAAAGGAUAUCAUUGUUUCCUCAUCAGCAAACGUUCUAUCUAGUUUUGGUUUACGAACUACAAAAGGAGUGCUUCUUCACGGUCCCCCGGGUACUGGAAAGUCUUCUUUGGCUCAACUUUGCAUCCGUGAUGCUGGUGUCAAUCUCUUCUCUAUUAAUGGACCUGAGAUUGUUGGUCAGUAUUAUGGAGAAAGCGAGCAAGCUUUGCAUGAAGUUUUUGAGUCAGCCCGUCAAGCUGCACCAGCUGUGGUAUUCAUUGAUGAGUUGGAUGCCAUAGCACCUGCGAGAAAAGAUGGUGGAGAGGAACUCUCACAAAGAAUGGUUGCUACGUUGUUGAAUUUGAUGGACGGGGUCAGUAGAGAUGAAGGGAUCCUUGUAAUUGCUGCUACCAAUAGGCCUGAUAGUAUCGAAGCUGCACUUAGACGGCCUGGAAGACUUGACAGAGAAAUAGAGAUAGGUGUUCCAUCUCCAAAACAACGGUUGGAUAUCUUGCUUUGUCUUCUAAGUGAAAUGGAGCAUUCACUUUCAGAUAUCCAAGUUCAGAACCUUGCUAUAUCUACUCAUGGUUUUGUAGGUGCUGAUCUAGCUACCCUUUGCAAUGAGGCAGCUUUGGUUUGCCUUAGACGCUAUGCCAAUGUAGUAAGCACCUGUGAUAACGUGCAUGGAACAUCUAUUCACCGUGAUGAUUCUGAUAAUGUAGCAGAAUCCGAUUCCUUAAAAGAUACAAGGGACAUGUCUAGGGAUUACUCAUAUUAUGCAUCUUCAUCUAUUUCAUUUUCAAGGGAUGAUAACAUACAUGAUGUUGGUGAUGGCAUUAAAGAAGAAUGUAUGUUAAAAGUGGGUUUUGAAGAUUUUAUGAAGGCUAAAAUGAAAGUUAGACCCAGUGCCAUGAGAGAGGUAAUACUUGAGCUUCCUAAGGUUCGGUGGGAAGAUGUUGGAGGUCAAAGUGAGGUUAAGUCUCAAUUAAUGGAAGCUGUAGAGUGGCCUCAAAAGCACAAGGAUGCUUUUAUACGGAUAGGGAUUCGUCCACCAUCAGGAAUAUUGAUGUUUGGUCCUCCUGGAUGCAGUAAAACUCUCAUGGCACGUGCCGUAGCUUCUGAAGCAGGAUUGAACUUUCUUGCUGUUAAAGGUCCAGAACUUUUUAGCAAGUGGGUUGGUGAAUCUGAGAAGGCUGUGAAAACUCUGUUUGCGAAGGCGAGGGCCAAUGCCCCAUCCAUCAUUUUCUUUGAUGAAAUUGAUGGUCUUGCUGGUGUUCGGGGAAAGGAUAAUGAUGGGGUUUCGGUGUCAGAUAGGGUUAUGAGUCAACUCCUUGUAGAAUUGGAUGGUUUGCACCAAAGACUUGAUGUUACUGUUAUUGCUGCUACUAAUAGGCCUGACAAGAUUGACUCUGCCCUCCUCAGACCAGGACGUUUUGACCGGCUGCUAUAUGUGGGGCUUCCAAAUGAGAUUGACCGAGAAGAGAUAUUCCGCAUCCAUUUAAGAAGAAGUCCAUGUUGUUCGGAUGUGAGCUUUAAGGAUCUUGCUUUUCUCACUGAAGGCUUUACUGGGGCUGACAUAUCAUUUAUCUGCAGGGAGGCUGCUUUAAAAGCUAUGGAGGAGAAUCUUGAUGCUUCAGAAAUUAAGAUGCAACAUUUGAAGGAUUCUAUUAAACAAGUGCAGCCAACAGCAAUCCAUUCUUAUCAGGAGUUAUCAGAACAGUUUCAACGGCUUGUUGUUUCUCGUGGUGAGGAAGAGAAAGAGAAAAAACCAUCUCAUGAACACUCGAGUAGAUCAAAUUGGCUUCCUGAGUCUCAUGAUAGCAAUAGCUUUGUUUGUUCGUUGUCGGCUGCCUGGAGGCUUGUUCGGGUAGUUGCAAUGUUGGUAGCAGGUUGUUGUUCUAUCUUCCUAUGUAUAGCUGGAAUGUGUGUUUUAAUUAGGGAAGUUACACACACAUCCAUCAUAUCAAAGGAUCAAGCCAAUACAACACAACACAAGUUAGUGAUGAGAAAGAAGUAUUGAUUACUUUCAUAUUCUUGUAAGAUGUGGUCCAAUGUCUGAGAUGAGCUUGGUUAUUCUGCUAAUGUAGAAGAAUCAUAAUGUGAUUAGAAUACAACAGUAGGCAGGUGAGGGGAGAGAGUGAGUUUUGCAGCCAUUAUCAGAACUACCUAAUAUUUUUUUUAAGUUAAGAAGUCCUUUCUUUUAAAGUUUAUUCCUAAACCCACUUGAGGAUUUUGCUUGACUAUACUUUUCAUAUAGCAUUGGGUUUCGAUUGAAACCCAAUACUAAAGUAGUAUUAGUUUUCCCUUGUUCA